ACUAUACAGUCUUCCCAUGGCAGCCUUAUCUUUGCGGAACCGAGGUUCUACUAUCUAUCUUGCGCACUUGGUUUGUUCGCCCAACUCAACUGGGGCCUUCUGGCCUGAGGAGUCGACGAGGGGCCCACCUGACUUGCAACUGCGGCGGGGAGAAGAGAACAAUGGAUUCUGCGGGCGGCCAUGGCAGCUGUCAUCUCCAUUCAUGAAGAGGAGAACAAUCGGACCCAGGCUCAUCUCGAUCAUUCUCGAUCGCGCCAAUAAACAGUAGUCCCCGAAUUCAUAUAUUCGAACUCCAGGAAGUUCCAUGCCGAUCGUUAUCGCUGCCGCAGGGAAGCCGCGUCGCAAAGUUCGUUUCUCAUCCAACCAAACAUCCAGACCAACAGACGCUCAGGGUAGAGACACCAAAUCUGCUAGUUCGUCAAUAGGUCGCCGUCAGCCCUCGGCGCCUACAUCCAAAAAGCACACCUCGCUAGAUCAGCGCAGCAACAGCAGCGGCGGCGGCAUGUAUGAACCCCAAGCACAUCCCGGAGUUCCGGCUUUGUUUCAAGAGCUGCCUUCGCUCCUAGAUGCCCUGUGCACCGAGUCCUCUGAGGUCCAAAAUGAGACUGUCAACAAAUGUUUGCCCUUCUUGAAAGGCAUUCACAACAGCCAGGCAGGUCCUUUCAACCGAUUUGGAGUGCCAGCUCUGAAUCAAAAUGACCACCUUAUCUACUUAUACGAUUCUUUGGAGGACUAUCCAGAGGGCUUCGCUGGCAUGGAUGCAAGCCGGCCUUGGAUGGUCUACUGGGUGCUGGCUGGAUUAAGCCUCCUGGGGGAAGAUGUCACCAAAUACCGUGAACGUGUCGUUUCCACGUUUACGCCAAUGCAAAAUCCUACAGGGGGCAUGGGCGGAGGCCACGGGCAACUGUCCCACUGCGCCUCUAGCUAUGCCGCAGUGCUCGCUUUAGCCAUGGUCGGAGGCGAAGAGGCAUUCAACCUGAUCGAUCGAGAGGCGAUGUGGAGAUGGCUAGGAAGUUUGAAGCAGCCUGACGGCGGCUUUAGGGUCUGCGCGGGCGGGGAAGAAGACGUGCGAGGCGCCUAUUGCGCCAUGGUGGUCCAUUCGCUACUGAAUUUGCCACUGGAACUACCCCCUGAUGCCGAAGCUCGGCAGCACGGUCUGGAGACGUUUACCAGUGGCCUCUCGGAGUAUCUGUCGAGGUGUCAAACAUACGAAGGCGGCAUUUCCGGAAGCCCCGGUUCUGAGGCACAUGGCGCCUAUACUUUCUGUGCUUUGGCAUGUCUGUGCCUCAUGGGCCCACCAGAAGUGGUGGUGUCGAGGUGCAUGGAUGUUCCUUUACUCCUGAGCUGGCUUUCUGCUCGACAGUACGCCCCCGAAGGAGGGUUCUCGGGGAGAACCAAUAAACUGGUGGAUGGCUGCUACAGCCAUUGGGUCGGCACCUGCUGGCCAUUAGUUCAGUCUGCCCUCAAUGGGGUCCAGUCAGCUACAGGUCCGGAGCGGGUCCCUGCCAAUCUCUACAGCCGUGAAGGGUUAACCAGAUAUAUCCUUGGUUGUUGCCAGUCCAAGUACGGGGGGCUCCGUGAUAAGCCUGGAAAGCAUCCGGAUUCGUACCACACCUGCUACGCGCUGACGGGCUUGAGCUCGGCCCAGUAUCAUCAUUACCAUACCACUUCCAGCAUCAGCUCUGAUGAAGGCUUUGGUUCGGCGUAUUCCUGGAAAUGCACUCCCAUCCCUGUUUCGGAUGACACAUCCUCCGACCAGAAUGUAUUCGAUGAGAAGGACCGGUUGAAGGCCUUCCACCCGAUCUUCGUGGUACCCCAUGCGGCCGCAGAGAACCUGCGGGUAUGGUGCGAGCAACGUCCAAUCAAGCCCGAGUGGUGAUGGGACGGGUGCCGAUAUCGAGCAGGGGAACUAUAUCAAUGAAAAGUAUAUUUUGU